AAACGGGUGGAUUUAUUUGGAGAGGCGCCGGAAGCAGCAGGUUGGUGCAGGACAACAGGGAGGGGAGCAGGGAGAGCGGGAUUAUCCUUUGGGCCGUAUUUAAACUAUCCGCUAUACCUUUUCAUAUCUCUGCGCCGCCAGGACAACAUGGAUCUGACCCAAGAGUCCAUUUUGUCCUUUUUACUGGAGCACGGAGGCAAAGUGAAGAACUUGGAGCUACUCAACAAUUUCAGAAGUCACAUCAACUGCAGUGAUCCCGCGGAAAAGCAGCACAAUAGAGACCUUUUUAAGAAGCUGGUGAACAGCGUCGCUGUGGUCAAACAGAUCGACGAGGUGAAGUUUGUGGUUGUGAAGAAAAGGUACCAGGACUUUAUUAAAGAGACGGUGCAGGAUGCGACGCAGAAAACGCAGAUGGAUGAGAGCUUCUCGAGCCAAAAUACGAGUUUUUCCUGCUCAUCUCCGGACCGAGUCGAGUCAGCCAGGAGGACUGGCUCAGACAUCGAAAACAAUAAUGUGGGUUAUGCCCCAAACUUUAAUCCCAGUUAUAACAGUGAUGUCAAACACAGUGAUGAGUCCCUGGGGGGCACGCAGAAAAAGAGGGCGUUAUCCAGAAACGUGAGCAGCGCGGACACAACCACCGUCAAAGUCCUGAAUAUCUCCGGGGAUCAGGCGAGCAGAGCGGGGAAAUCUGGAGCAGUGUUCGCUGUCAUAGCUGUGAAAUCUCCAGCGAGAGACUGCGCACCAGCAGCACAGGACGGACCACAUUCCCCAGUGCAUCAGCAGCAGCAGACUUCAGAAAAGCCAGUUAAGUCGGGAGACAAAGUUUCUACACGACCGGUGCCAACUUCAAAUCCUAACUUUGCAGCUUGCAAGAAGGACGCAUCAAGAGAAAACCAAAGACAAGCAGAUGAGACACACCUCCGGGCCUUAUCCGAGGAAGUGAGGCCCCCAACAAACAAAACCACAAGACAAGCAGAUGAUGCCAAAUACUCGGAGUCUGUGCCUUUGGAGCCACAAGCUCAUGAGUGGUUGGUGAAGUGUGCAUCUGGGAUGUGGGGACGUAUAUAUGCUUUGCUGCUGCGGGACGCUCGUUUAGCUCAGAAGAAAGACUUCAUGUCAGGGUUCACAGCACUUCACUGGGCUGCAAAGGACGGCAGCAGCGAGAUGAUACGCAAGCUCAUGGACAUCCCCAGGAAACGAGGCAUCCAUGUGAACAUCAACAGCAAAGCACACGGAGGAUACACGCCUUUGCAUAUCGCUGCCAUGCACGGCCACAGUGAGGUCAUGGUUCUGCUUGUGCAAAGAUACAGAGCCGAUGUAAAUGAAAGGGAUAACGAUGGCAAAAAGGCCUUCCACUACCUGGGGAAAGGUGCUCCGCCUGAGGUCAGAGCACUCCUGGGAGGACUGAAGCAGUGGGAGAAGGCAGAAGAUACAGAGGAAUACAGAGAGCAGGCGAAAGGCUUCAACACAAUCAGUAAACUGUUCCAGCCUCACAUAGGGAAGAAACAAAAGACAACAGCUAGGUUUGCUCAUGACUGGUAAGAAGAAUGACAAAACAAGCUGCAACAUGAACUGUUAAAACUGAAGAUCAUACUGUUUAUACUUUACACUUUACUAAGGCUCUACAUGUCUUAGAGCCUUAGAGGACUUAUUGUAACUGUUUUGUACAGCAUUGCAGUGUAAUAUUAUUAAAUGGUAUUUAUAACUUUUGUUCACCUUUAGUUAAAUUUCAUGUAAACUGAUGUUAUAUUGCACCUUUAUAACAUAUUUUUCUAACUGAUAACACCACAGUGUGUAUAGUUAUUCACAUUUCCAUUAGC